AGUCAUUGUUUUUGCUUUUGGCUGAACGUGCGGCGUGCUGCGUUCGUGUCUAACGUUCAAGCGGGUUUGUUGUUUUCCCUUUUUUUUGUUGCUGUUGUUGUCGUUGUUGUUGUUGUUAUUGUUACAUAGCACUACAAUAAAAAAAACAAAUAGUUAAAGCUUGUAACGUUUUCGCUCUCAUUUGCACUCCAGGCUCAGCUCGGUCCCAAACGAUAACGGGGAAAACGGAAAUCGGAAACGGAAACAAUGCUUUCGCUACAGAAUCAAAGGCAACCUAAAACGUCGCCCCUGGUGGAUGACUAUGAAAUAUCGGACACUGUCCUUGGACUGGGCAUCAACGGUAAAGUAGUGCAGUGCACCAAUCGUCGCACUAGACACAACUACGCCCUCAAAGUGCUCCUCGAUAAUGAGAAGGCCAGACGCGAGGUCGACUUACACUGGCGGGCAAGUGGCUGCAAACACAUCGUGAACAUCAUCGAUGUCUACGAGAAUACCUACAGCGGUCGCAAGUGUCUCCUGGUCGUAAUGGAGUGCAUGGAGGGCGGUGAGUUGUUCCAGCGCAUACAAGACAAGGCGGAGAGCUCGUUCACGGAACGAGAGGCAGCUCAUAUAAUGCGCGAGAUUUGCGAAGCGAUUUAUUAUCUGCACAGUCGCGAUAUUGCGCAUCGCGAUUUAAAGCCGGAGAACUUGCUCUAUACGACAACGCAGCCGAAUGCGGUGCUUAAGCUCACCGAUUUCGGUUUCGCCAAGGAGACCUUCACCAAUGACACCCUACAGACGCCCUGCUAUACGCCCUACUAUGUCGCGCCGGAGGUGCUCGGUCCGCAAAAGUAUGACAAAAGCUGCGACAUCUGGUCACUGGGCGUGGUCAUGUACAUUAUCAUGUGCGGCUUUCCGCCGUUCUACAGCAUCAACGGUCUAUCGAUAUCGCCGGGAAUGAAGAAACGCAUACGCUCCGGCCAAUAUGAUUUCCCCGACCCGGAAUGGACGAAUGUUAGCCAGGCGGCCAAGGAUCUAAUCAAGGGCAUGCUCAACGUGGAUCCCAGCAAGCGUUUGUGCAUCGAGGAUGUGCUGCGCAACAAGUGGAUCGCCCAAUAUAAUGCAGUACCACAAACACCGCUCUGCACCGGCCGAAUGCUCAAGGAGGGCGAGGAGACCUGGCCGGAGGUUCAGGAGGAAAUGACACGUUCACUGGCAACCAUGCGUGUGGACUACGAUCAAAUGCAAAUAAAGGCGCUGGACAAGUCCAAUAAUCCGCUGCUGACGAAGCGCAGGAAAAAGAUUGAGGAAAUUUAUGCGGAGCACAAGUGAAUGCGGCCACAAAAAAGCUAAAACAAACAAAAAAGAAAGAAAAAAGGAUUAAAGGACAUACGCCAAACUUCCCCCCCCUCCCAAACCCCUAAAAAAAACAAGAAGACGAAAAGUUGUCACAUAAAACGCACAUUUUUUGCGUUACGUCUUUUUAUCAUAUAUAUUUUUUUCGCCUCACAUUUAGGAGUUGUACAAUGCUAUAAAACGCUGAUGAAAGCUAUAUUACAACCCAACUUCCAUAUACAUAAAAUACGGACGAAAAUGGACCCUAUUAUAACCUAUCGACCUGCUACCCCUUGACUUAUGAUACAUUAUGUUUUAUGUGUUUAUCUGUAUGUGCAUUAUCCAUAAUCUGUCUAUGUAUGUAGUGUAUAUCAAUUUCCAGUAAUGGUUUUAAGGGUAUUUUUUUAGUAUUGAGAAGUAACAUGCUCUUUCAUAAUGAAAAUAACUUAUAUAGGAGCGACAAACAACAGAACCUAAGCAUACAUAAAUAAUAUAUAAUAAAUACCUUUACUACUUGUCGCCAGAUACAGAAGACCCCCGGACUAUAACCUGAAUUUUUUCGAUUAAUUAUUAUUAUAUAUUUUUUUUGUUUUUUUAUAAUUUAAUUUUUGUGACUUGUGUAUGAUAUGAUGUGAAAUCAUUAAUGUUUUAAUGUUAAACGCUAGCAUUAGCGUUGCUCCAGUUGAGUGUCUCCACGAUUACGGAUAUAUUUUCUUGCUACUGAUCGCUUUAUGCAAGCUAUACAAUUUAUCAUAUAAAUAAAGUAUUUGUAGUUAUUAAAAUCGA